UGGGACCAGGGUACUGAAUUUGGGGGAUGCAGCUAUCCGUGAAGCGGAGCAUGCACCUGCAGGAAAAACCGGACGGCUUGUUGUCUUCAGAUGAUCUCUUUUGGUUCGUUAUCUGCCAAUAAAACCAGUAGCAGGGUAAUAAACAGCGCAGCAGGUUAAUAGGCGGGACUUCCUUUGGGCAUAUAAACGAGUCAGGUUGCCUUUUUUGUUUGUUUGUUUGUUUUUUUAUCUCGUUGAGCAGAGCAAGGCGAACCAGUGCAGGAUCAGAUAACAAGGUUUUCUUGUCACACACCACACAAUGCUGCUACGAGGAGGCUGCAGUCCUCUGGUCUGCCUGUGGGUCCUGCUGCUGCCUCUGGCCUCCCCCCAUCGCCUGAACCAACAUGGGCGCCGGGACCACAGCGUGAGGGACCGUCCCAAGCUGCUGCUGGUGUCCUUCGACGGCUUCCGCUGGGAUUACAUUGACCGGGUCCCGACACCUAACUUCAACAGCAUCAUGGAUGAGGGGGUGAUGGUGAAGGAGGUAGAGAACGCUUACAUCACCAAAACCUUCCCCAACCACUACAGUCUUGUGACGGGGCUGUAUGCCGAGUCCCAUGGCAUUGUGGCCAAUGAGAUGUACGAUCCUGUUCUGAACCGGUCUUUCUCCAUGGAGACAGACAGUAUUUAUGACUCCCAGUGGUGGGACGAGGCGGUGCCUCUCUGGGUGACCAUACAGAAAGCUGGAGGCCGGAGCGGGGCAGCGAUGUGGCCAGGGUCUGAUGUGAAGAUCCACGGCAUGUUCCCCAGUCAGUACCUCACGUACAAUGCCUCAGUCUCAUUUGAAACCAGAGUGCAGCGGAUUAUUGAGUGGUUCUCUGCAUCUGAAGAAGCAGUGGAUUUUGGGGUUCUGUACUGGGAGGAGCCAGAUGAGAGUGGACACAGCCUGGGCCCUCAGAGUCCCCUCAUGGACGGAGUCAUCGCUGGGAUUGAUGAGAAGCUUGGUUUCCUCAUGAACGAGCUCAAGAAGGCAGGCCUGUAUGAGAAGGUGAACCUGAUAGUGACCAGCGACCAUGGGAUGGCACAGCUUUCCACUGAUAAAAUCAUAGAACUGGAUGUGUACGUGAGCAGAGACCUGUACACCUGGGUGGAUAAGAGUCCAGUGGUGGGAAUACUGCCUAAAGAAGGGAAGCUUGAUGAGGUGUAUAGUAAGCUGGUGGAUGCAAACCCAAACAUGGCGGUGUACAAGAAGGAAGAUAUUCCCGCACACUUUCAUUAUCAACACAACAGCAGGAUCAUGCCCAUCCUCAUAGAGGCUAAGGAGGGCUGGACCGUCAUGCAGAACAGGAGCGGGCCCUUCAUGUUGGGAAAUCAUGGCUAUGACAACACCUUACGUAGCAUGCAGCCUGUGUUUGUGGCCCGUGGCCCGGCGUUUCGCCAGCAUUACAUCAAGACGUCCAUGCGCUCUGUUGACCUUUACCCUCUCAUGUGCCACAUCCUGUCCAUCCCUCCUCUACCAAGCAACGGCUCCCUCUUAAAUGUUAAAGACCUGCUGUCCCAAGAGCCAACUCCAACCAUACCCAGCAUCCUUCCCAGGGUCAGUGAGUACUCCUAUGCCCCCGUCGUGGGUUCCUUCCUCGGUGUAGUGAUGGUGCUGGGCUUUCUGGUGGUCUACAUCAGACAAGUGACGCUCAAACAGCUGCCCUCCCUAAAACACAGAAGCAGGGAAAUGUCACAGCCCUUACUGCAAGAAGACCUGCACCUGUAGCUGAAGAAACAGAGAUGUUGGCAGAUAUAAAAGAAGAGGAGGUAUUACUCCCCAAGGUAGUUCGCCCUCUCCAGAAGCAUCCCCUAAACACUUCCCUUGUACCACUAAACACCACUGCGCUGCUCUUUUUACUAGUUAGAGAUGAAGGCAAUCUAAUCUUACCUCCUAAUCAUGUAUAGAGGUACACCUUGCUUGCUUGAGUGCAAGGGAAAAGUCUAUUGAGUGCUUCUGGUGCAGGCUUAAUAAAGAUAAUAAACCUUUACAUGGGCGUUGUAGUGACUUUGCUUUGAUUGUGAAUUUUACCUAUUACCAUCUCAUCGUUUUCAUUUAUUGUCGUUUCAUUAACCAGUGAUUCUGGCAAGUAUGAACCUUUGUUGGCCAAAACCAUGACUAGGAUAACAUUAAGGUGUCAGUAUGCUUGAAACGAACUUGUUUCUUUGAAAGUAAAAGUGUUUAAAGUUGAAGAGUCAUAGCUGAAAAGCUGAUCAUCAUAGAGAGGGUCAAGAGGCAGUAAUUGUUGAAAUGGGGAUAACGGUGCACAUUUUUCGGACAGUCUUUCAGUUGAUGGUGUUUAAAGUGUUGCACACGUGCAGAGUGGGAAACAGAGAUGAUGAAGUGUGGCAAGUAGUAAAAGAAAGGCUGUGGGAGAAGUUCAAACCCUGCUUACUUCGCCCCAUCUACACAUCUGACCAUUUGCUUUGUGAAGUCAUUUUAGAAACUUACAAACAUUUUGUCAGGUACCCCCCUCCCAUUUCCAACAUCACUAAGGUGUGGAGAGAGGGCCUUUCAGAUUUUGGUAAAAAAAAAAAAACCCAAAAACCAAACAGCACUGUGUUUGAAGCAUACUGAAGCCACUGA